CAUACUUCCGGAGCCACAAGCCUUCGUAAAAAAUCUUUCUGGUUUCCUCGACACGAGCCUCGUCCAUCAAAACUCAUCGGUAAAACACCGGGUAACAGCUCUCCGAACUUUUUUUUUUUUUUUUUUUUUUUACUCAUGGUUUAAGUCGAACUAAAACUCCUCAAGACAAAGAGUGAAAACUAGCAGCUGCUUUUCGUCAUGGCAAACACUGAGUUAUCCGACCAAAAACCAACGGCUGUUGCUCAGAACUGAGAGGAGGAUUCUCUGAGUUCAGAGUGACUGCUGUGGUGUGGAAACAGUUCAUACCCCGAGGAAUUUGUAUUCUAAUUUGGCAAAUUACUCAAGGAAAGAACGUUCUGCCGAAACACCCAACCCGCCGAUCAGCAGUGCGCACGCGUAGGAAAAUAACGAAGAAAACCGCGAGGGUCGUCAUGGCUACCCAACGGAUUGGUGUCUACCAGGAACCGCGCUCGUCCAGAACCAUCCAGAAAGCGCAGUUAACCUGUAAACUGUACUUGCUGGAAAAGGCUCGAAAUAAGCUGGAGGAAGAACUUCGGGACUUCACAAACCAGGCCUAUGAAGAUGCACAUGGUGUCCUCAACUCGUCUAUUCCAAACCCUCGGUACAAAGAUGUCAUAAAGGCUCUGGACAGAAAGUGCAACGAAAUUGUGAAGCUCUCUGCUUUGUUAAAGAAUUAUAAAGCUGACUACCAAUCAUUUGAUAGGGUGAGCUUCAACUAUUUUCAGCCACUCAAAGCUGCUCUGUCCCACCAGCAGCUUAAAGUUUCCCUCGAUACCCUGUGCCCCUUAAGUCAGCAAGAUGGUGGCAAGACAUCAGACUUGGUCAACACUCGUCUGACUCCAAGCUCCUCCUGUUUAAAGCAGGAAAAGGAAAAGGCCGCGUCUGAAGAUAAAAACAAAGAAGUCUCCAUGCACAUCCCAGCUGCCAUUAUUCAGAGCAAUGUGGUGAGUGAAGGGAAGUCAGAAGUCCUACUACCUUCUGUCCAAGAUUCAUUCUCAGAGAAGUCACAGUGCAAACUGAGGUCUCAAGUAAUCUGGGGCCAUGGCGAUGACGUCCAGGUGCUACACCAAAAGCAAACUUCCUCCCAACUGCUGCGCUUUCUCAAAGAGAAAGCUAAAACCAAGGGUUCACUCAAGGUCACUUUUUUGGAGCAGACUAAAAGCAAAUACAAGGCAAACAAUUCAAGGUCUCUCUUGCGGACGUCACCUACAGUCAAAACAAAAAGCUAUCAAUUCAGACAUGUUGUGACAGAUGACUCAGUAGACGAGCAAGGUCCUAAAACGUUGCACGCAAACGUUAACCACGCUCCGGUUUUCCAAGUGAAAAGAGUCCACUCCUGCGGUCCUUUGAUCUACAGUUGCGUCAUCGCCACGGAAACUGAAUUGUGGGACAUAGGAGACAUCUUCACAGAGGUUUUGCUGGAGGAAUCUGUUCAUAGCACUGCUUUGGAUACUGAGAAAUGGCAACAAGCAUUUGCUCAGGUGGAGAACUCUAGUAUCAGUAUAGAAUUAAAACCCCAAACUCUGCAGCACACGCAACCCCGACUUGAAAAAAACGACUCGAAUUACUCAGGUCGGCUGGCAGCUAAUAUUGUAAACAUUCCCGAAUUUGAGAUCCGGAAGUUUGAAGAGACUGAAGUGGUGGUGUCUCAUGUUGUCAGCCCCAGCCACUUCUACAUCCAGCACGCAGACUCCCAUAGGAAACUGGAGGCUCUUUUUACAGACCUUAAAGUCAGUCAUUUGUAUGCUGAUCAGAACUGCAUCCCAGACAUCGGCGCUCAGGUCAUCUACUGGUCUCCACAAAAUGAGCAGUGGUUCAGGGCUCAGGUGGCUGGGAUUUCUGGAGUGAGCAGUAACGGGACUGGGAAAACGUCAUCCAUAAACGUGGAGGUGAACAGGUUGGACUACGGUGACAGUUCCUGUGUGUCACUCUGUAAUAUUAAGCAGCUCUCCUCAGAAAUGGCGGUGCUUCCACUUCAGGCUCUGCAGGUUUCUAUGGCACAUGUGAUGCCCAUUAAUGGCACAGAUUGGACUGAGGAGGCGGUGGGUUGGUUCAAAGCAAUGGUACAUGACAGGACGCUGUAUGCCAGAAUGUAUCCACAGGGGCCCACGGUUACAGUUGAGCUGUUCCUGGAAAAGGGCAAACUUGGAGCCAUGAGGAGGGGUGCAUCUCUGUCCUUGAGAUUAGCCCAAAAUGGACAUGCAAGGCACAGCAAAGUGAAGAACAAUUGUCUUCUGAAGAAAAGUGCUAUUCAACUUAAAAUGAAGGAACAAGAGAUUGAAUGGGAAAAAUAUCUCAUCUCAUGCUACUCUCAAAAUAAAAAGUAAACCGUGUGAGCUGACACUGAAGGAGAUUGUAAGACCUGGAGUCGAAGAUGAACUGGGGAACCUUUUAUGCCGUGAUCAGCGGUGUAAACAGGCAUUCCACUGGCAUCGGUCGCAUUUGGCUCUCCGUCAUCUUCA